AUGAGUACUGGAAAUCAUUGUUCUAAAUGCUCUACAAAUGUGGGAACAUGCAACUGCGCAGGAUGCAAAGACUACUUUUGUACGAAACAUUUUAUUGCGCAUCGAAAAGAAUUACAAACUAGUCUUGAACAGAUUACCGACACUCCAAAUCGUCUAAUAAAACAAUUCAAUGAAAAUGAUCAUUCAAUUAGCCUAAAAACUGUACUUCUCAAUCAGAUCGAUCAAUGGCAAAAUGAAAUCAUUCAGAAAGUUCAUCGAACGGCAGAUAAUAUUCGUCAGCAGGUCACGCAGGUUCUCAACAAUCAACGUGAGGAAACCAAGAAGAAAUUUCAAGAACUGGUAGACGAACUUCAGAAACGUAAAGAAGAGGAUGAUUUUGUCGAAGAUGAUCUCGUUCGUCUGAAAAAUCGUGCUCAUCAAAUUCAACAAGAGCUCGAAGAAUUGCAACAACACUCAGCUUUAGGGCUACAUAUAGAGCAAAGUGAUUGUGUCGAUUGGGCUCAUCUGAUCUAUAUUGAAUCUAAAACUACUGAUAGCAAGAAGCGGAAGAAUUUACAAGUCAAAAGUGAUACGAGUGUGUAUUAUUUAGAUAUAUUGAUAUUAGUGUUUUCCUAG